GAAGAGAUGACACAGUUCGUUUUAAUGGCUUAUCUAUAACAGAUUGUAAUAAUUAUGUCAAACGUCGAUUAUCACGUCGCUAUCCAAACAUUUAUAAAUUAUCUAAUUCAACCAUACGUCGUUUAUUCAUGCCGCCAAAAAAAAAUGUGAGAAGUCAAAAGUUUUACAAAUCAAUUAUUCCAGCGAAAAUUCCACAAAAACAAAAUUCCAAAUGCCAACAUCAUCCAGAUUUUCAUAUCACAUGUGCCCAAGUCAAUUACGUACAAGAAUUAGCCAGUUUAUAUAACGAUGAAUGUAUUUCAUUAUCCUGCGAUAACAAGGCCAAAAUUCCACUUGGAAUUCCAGUAGUCAGUCGUCAUGUUAGAUCAAGAAAAUUCCUUUUGCUCAAUCAAUCCCCGAAUUUACCAGAUCAUGAUUUUCCAAAAGCAGGUGUUAAAAUCACUCCAGCCGGCUAUGUUCGUUUAUGGCACCAUCGUCGUUCGUCUAGUGCCAAUUCAAAUCCAACACCAGCAUCGUUAUUACGGAUGAAAAGAUCCAAAUCAUGUGAAUCAACUUUGUUCAAACUAAAUAGAGAAAUUAAACAGACAGUCGAUAAACGAAAUCUUAAACAUGUACAAUGGAAUAGGUCGGGACAAAUGUUCCUCCGCCCUUUUGGUUCAACAUCAGAAAAGCUACAAGUCAACAGAUAUAAUCCAAUUGAAAGAAUGUUUUCACAUUUAACAGAUCUAAUUGCAAACGUAACAAUUGAUCUUGAUCCAACAUUUUCAACAAUUAAUCACCAAUUGGAUUCAGCAUUAGUUGAUUUAAAUAAAUAUUGGCAUAAUAAAAAGUAUGAUAAUUUUAAAACUGAUUGUAGACCGGUAUUUUCUGUUAAUGAAAAUUCGUUUGAUGGUCAUCAAGAACUAAAAGAUAAAUUAAUGAAAAGCUCUGUUAAACACGUAAUGGACCAGGACAAUGACAAUGUUCGAUUUAAUCUUCGAUUAUACCUUCGUCAUUGUGUUAGAUCGUCGUAUUAUGUUUCAUUCACCAAAUGUACAGAUUCAACAUGCAUUCAUUGUACACGACAUCCGGUGAGAGCAACCAAAACAGUUAAACUUCUCCGAUCAGGCGGAGAUUACUUACCGUGGCCACAAAUGACGUUUAGCAAAUACCAUUAUGAUACAUUCUUACAACAAACAUAUGCAAUACUUGCUGGUGAAAAAAAUAUUGUACCAGAUCAGCAAUUACCAUCAGACCGAACGAAACGAUGUUCAGAAUGUAAAUUACCAUAUAUCUUUUCGUCCAAAGCUGAUGAAGAACGACAUAUGGUGUGGGUACAUUGGUCUAAUGUAUUACCUAAUAAAAAACGAAAACAUUCACCGACUCCGAAAUCAAAGUCUGUAUCUAAAUCAAAACAACGAAUUACUAGAAAACGUGAGCUUUCUCCUGAAUACUAG